AUGACGUCGCUCUGACUGUAAGUCCGACCGACUCCUUCGUUUGUUUUUUAUUACUCUUUUUAUCUAGGGCCCAGAAUCGGCAAUCUGCAAAAUUGCGGCCAUAAUGUGAGAUCGUCUGCCGCUGUCGUCCGACCCGUCGCUGUCGUUCGUCCUGUCAGGAGCAGCGGCUUGCUGUUGACGAUUACCACUGAUAUUACGCAGUAGACUUCUCCAGUGUGUCUAGCUGUCAAACUGCAAACUAUCUAUUGGAAAGAGUAGACAGAACACACUGGCUGAUAUUUAUUGACUUUGCUCGGCGUGUCUUUUUUUUGUCCUCUGGAUUAUCGCUGCCCAGCAACACCGCCACCUGACAACUCUGAAUGUCGUAAUUAAUUAAGGUGAAUCGAUGAGCCAGCAAUGGAGACCAAAAGAUACCAAAGUUUCUUUGAUGGAAAUGAUACAGAAAACAGAUGGUCUCAGGUCCCUAACACUAUGGAGUACUGCUGCAGCACAGAGGAUUCAAGUCUGACUAACAGUGAUAUCCUGAUGGACAUAGUCAAUGUCAGCUGCCCCGCUGGAAGCCCAGCAAUUGACUGCAAAGACAACAAUGCAAAGACGCAGGAGCAGCCAAUGCUUCGGCUCAGCCAGAACCAGCCAUUUGUUCUCCCACACUUCAACAACUCUCUUCAUGGUCAUAAGCAGGAAAUGGACUCCAAGGAGCUUUCCAAGACUGUGGCUGAGUCCAUGGGGUUGUAUAUGAAUGCUGCCAGGGAGGCAGACUUUGCCUUCAGCCAGCAUGGGGGUAGUACCAGCCCCGGGAAGAUGUAUCCAGUAUGUGGACGGCCACUAGAGGAGAAUCAGUGUGGCUCCACAAAGAGCCCCAAGUUAAAGCCAUUUGGUUUCCAGCAGCCCAGCACCACUCCUAGAGAACGCACCGCUGGGACUCCCGUUAGCUCAGCUACUAUGCUGGCCUCUUCUUUGUCCUGCAGUCCCCAGACCUCCAGCUCCAUCUCCAGCCCUGGGGGCAGCAACAAUAUGGUGUCGUCUACUACCAGUCCCCCCACAUGCUUUGGACCAAUGUGCUCAUCCGUCAGUAGUCCUGUCAGCCAGACAUCUUGUGCUCCAGCACUGGCCAACAUCAAGCACAGGAAUUCAGCCACAUGUAGCCCUGUAGAGUCCAGCACAGUGGGCUCACCACCACUUACCAGCCCGCUCAAUGUCAUGAGGUCCCCCAUUUCCAGCCCCCAGAGUAUGAGUAGUGUUAGGUCACCUCCGUCCUGCAGCACUACCUGUAACAUUCGGUCAUCUGUCUCAAGCCCCACAGGUGGCAGCUGCACCAGCACUGCCAACAACUGCAACACAAUAAGGCCCUCCAUCUCCAGUCCGGCCACAGGGGGCACUAUGGCUGUCAGCAGCCCACAGAAUCCCUCCUCUGCUGGGUUUCCUGUGUCCAGUCCUGCUGGGGGACUGGGUUUGGUGCAGAAUGACACUAAUAGCCCAGAAGCGACAGGUCUGACUAGAGACCCAGACUUCAAGAACUUUGAGUUCCCUAAAGUAGAGAUGGUAGACGGGGAGGUGUUUAACGUCGGCUUAGACCAGAUGGGCAUGGUUAAGUACAUUAAGAACGAACCUGGAACUGAUUUCAGGAGCAUGUGUUUAGGCAGCUCCAAAUGUAAUGCGAAUAGCACACCCUUUAUCACACAGAUUAAGAGUGAGCCUAACAAAAAUCAGGGAUGUAUGAAUCAACAGUCCUACAGUGAGCAGUCACCGUCUCUUGGUCUCUUCCCUGCAUCCGAGACCACCUAUUUGUCCCUGAGGAAUAACAUUGAUGAAUACAGUCUUUCUGGUAUCUUAGGACCCCCUGUCUCCUCUAUGAAUGGGAACUAUGAGCCUGAUGUGUUCUCCAACAAUGUCCUGUCUAAAGGGGUUAAGCAGGAGUCCAAUGAUGGCAGCUAUUACCAAGAGAAUAACAGCGUGCCCACAUCGGCCAUUGUUGGAGUUAAUUCCGGUGGACACUCAUUCCAUUACCAGAUUGGAGCGCAAGGAACAAUGUCUUUCACGCGGCAUGAUGUGAGGGACCAGUCCAACCCCUUGUUGAAUCUAAUUUCGCCUGUAACGGCGUUAAUGGAGUCGUGGAAAUCUCGGCCAGGCAUGUCACAGGGGUCACUGUCGGCCAGAGGUGAGGGAUACCCGGGUCAGAACUCCCUCACGGAUGGCAUGUCAAGUUCACCCCUGAGACAGCCAUCCUCAACGGCCAAAGUGUGCCUGGUUUGUGGAGACGAGGCAUCAGGAUGUCACUAUGGUGUCGUGACAUGUGGAAGCUGCAAAGUCUUCUUCAAAAGAGCUGUAGAAGGUCAGCACAACUACCUGUGCGCCGGGAGAAAUGACUGCAUCAUUGACAAGAUCCGAAGGAAAAACUGUCCAGCAUGUCGUGUACGGAAGUGUCUCCAGGCUGGGAUGAACCUAGGAGCACGAAAGUCCAAGAAGUUGGGGAAGCUGAAGGGAGUCAGCGAGGACCUGCAGGGCUCUAAGGAUGGCCAAACUGCUACAGGUGCCAUUGGAGGCAGUUACCUGUCCUCAGAAAAGGAGCUGAAUGCCAGUGCUGCCAAUGCCCUGGUGCCCCACGGGCCUGGGGUAGUCACACCUUUUCUGCCACCCUCCAUCUGCAGUGUGUUGGAGCUGAUUGAGCCUGAAGAGGUGUACUCUGGCUUUGAUAACACGCUGCCUGACAGCACUGACCACCUGCUGUCAAGUCUCAACCGCCUGGCCGGAAAGCAGAUGGUACGCUUGGUGAAGUGGGCCAAAGUACUUCCAGGUUUCCGGGGCCUGCCCAUUGAGGACCAAAUCACCCUGAUCCAGUACUCGUGGAUGUGUCUGUCCUCCUUUUGCCUCAGCUGGCGCUCCUACAAACACACCAAUGGACAGAUGCUCUACUUUGCCCCUGACCUCAUCUUUAAUGAGGACCGCAUGCAGCAGUCAGCCAUGUAUGACCUGUGUCUGGGCAUGAGGCAGGUGAGCCAGGAGUUUGUUCGACUGCAGCUAACCUAUGAUGAGUUCCUCUCCAUGAAAGUCCUUCUGCUUCUCAGCACAGUUCCCAAAGAGGGUCUGAAGAACCAGGCGGAGUUUGAGGAGAUGAGGGUUAAUUACAUUAAGGAGCUCCGGCGCUCAGUGGGAAAAGCAACCAACAACUCUGGCCAAACCUGGCAGCGCUUCUUCCAGCUCACCAAGCUACUGGAUGCCAUGCAUGAUCUGGUGGGGAACCUGUUGGAUUUCUGUUUCUACACCUUUCGUGAGUCCCAGGCCCUGAAGGUGGAGUUCCCUGACAUGUUGGUGGAGAUCAUUAGUGACCAGAUACCAAAGGUGGAGUCAGGCCUCACUCACACAAUCUACUUCCACAAGAAGUGACUCACUGAGCAGCUGGGACAGAAGCAGCAUUGAGAACUGGAAGAGGGGAGAAAAGAGUUCAAGGAAGAGAAAAUGUGCAUAGAAGGCCUAACCUGUGGCCUGCACCCUGUCUCCCAGUAUGCCAGCGUCCUCGUCUUGGAUGGGAAAGUUAAGUGACUUGGUGACAGAAGUAAAAGGGGGAGAAAGAUUUGACCCUGCAGUCACCCUGAGCGGGUCAGAGCUGUGAAUAGUUUGUGGAGUAGAACACGAUACACAGAGAAGGACUUGUGACAAAUGUGACAAAGCAUCCCGAAGUACCCCCCUGCUCUCCGUCCCAAAGACGAUAACAGUAUUUUCUAUGGAGAUAAAGCCAUACAUUUCUUAGGAUGCGCUAGAUACAUUCACUACACACACACACACACACACACGUAGAGGGAAAUUCUCACUGAUACACAUGCUGUCCACAUGCCUUCACACAAACGCACAGAUGCACACCACAUGCACUAAAAAUCAGAUUCCCUUAUAAAUCUAGAGAGAACAUUUUUUGCAGAUAUUAACUGUGGCUUAUGCAGUUUUUCACAAAUAAUAGCACUAUGAAAAAGAAAGCCAAUACUUAGAUUUUGCUUUGCAGGGUAGCAACAUACUGCAAGACUGCAGGGCAAAAGACAUUAUGAGGAGGCUCAGAAAUUCUAGACUGUAAGAUGAACGGUCUAUCUGAAUAUAUUCCAAGGGCUAUACAUGCGUCAUCAUAAGCUGAAUAAUUACAUCAAAAUCUAACCAGUCCAAGUUUGAAUUUCAAAUCGGUGUCAUUAACACCCAUCAUUAACAUUCACAUACUGAGUUUUUUAAUUCAAAUAUGUAGUAAAACAAUCAAAACUAAUAUGCAAAAGUCCAAAGCUAAAGCUGUUUUGAAAUAAAAAUGUCUCUCUUGUGUAAAGAAAGCUUGCACGUGAAGCUCCCAUGUCAUAAGGUCACUAUUUUAGGAACUGUGGUGUAGAAUUAAAAAUUAUCGAUUACCUUUGUGCAAAAAUGGUCAGGAUUGCUGCAGGAUGGAAAAAAUGCUUUCACAGAAACGAUUUCAGUAGAGUCUGCUGGUAAUGGAUUUGACUGAGGUGCAUCCAUAAUAAUUGCUGUCAUUUGUGUUAUCUCCAGAGCAGCUGUCCAAAUGUCUGUUUUUACUCACAACGAAGCAAAACCAGCCCUUUGUGAACCAACACUUAUCUACUCUUCCCAGAAAUAAUAAAAAGCAUUUUAUAAAAGUGUGUUGCAAAGGUUUAGUUUUUGACAAGCCAGUCAUUUUACAUUAAGGUGCUUCAUUUCUACAAAAGCCAGGCAAAACAUAACAUGUACAGUAACUUGUAGACCGUCCAUACAAUACGUUAUAUGGACACAGUUCAAACACACAUACUCUGUAAAGUUGAUAUAAUCCAAAAUGGAGCAUUACUCUGCAGUGCUUACAGCAAACCGGCUAAUGUAUCAAAACCAGGCAAAUGUGUACAGGUAUUAACAACUUCUUAAAAAACAUUAUAUUCAGCUGUUGUACAGAAGAUGUUUUGAGGUACAUGUUGAUGAAUGCUUGAUGAAGAACUAUGUUGGUAUGAUCACCUGUCCUUAUUUAGUUGAUUUCCCUUAUAUUUGGGCCAAGUACUACUAUUUUAGGUAUGGCAGGCCUAGUCAUCUGGACCAUUAACUUGUCUCACACCCCACUGGUUUCUGGGUUUCUGGGUGGUUGUGGAACACUACUAUGAUGCUACUGAAAAGCGAAAGAGCUGCUGGGGAAGAAAAAAAACAGUGGGGGCGUGUGAUUAUUUGUUGGUUUUUUAUUUUUUGCCCUGUGAGUGUGUAUUUACAUGUGCGUACGGAGUGAGUAUGGCUUAAGUUUGUGUGUAUGUGUGUUGUGUUUUUUUUUUUUUUUCCUGGCAAGCAUGUGCAUAGUUGAUCUGCUCUUUCAGUGUGGGUAUUAUGCAUUUAUGUUAUAGGAUUAGCCAUAUCCUAUUUCCACUUUUAGAUUUGCACAGAGAUACAAUGUGAAAUGAGGCAUUAGUGCAGCUAGCAGGAAUUGUCUGUUUUGAUAAGAAACUGUGAUGAUGCGGGAAAAAAAAAAAAGACUUUCUGCAUGGUCACCCAGCCUAAAGUUAGACAACAUGACAUCAUUAGCACAGCAGGCUGGCGUACUGUAUUCGUGGCCUCAGCUCUCUUGAUGAUGGCGCUGUGCUACACUAUGAGGUCUCUUCUGUGGUGGCGAAUUGUGUGACGACUGGUGUACAAAGAGACGGAGGUGGCAGGAUCACAACUGUCAUUAUCAGAGAGGCUUCAUUUUACAAUCCGUCUUUGUUGUGCAUUAUUGUUCAAGUUGUGAAGGACCCUUAAGCUAAUCUCUCACUGUUUCUUUAUUUUGCCCCCUUUUUUGUCCUUUUUAAAAGGAAUAUUAAAAAAAACUGUCUAAAGGUUCAUAGGAUGAAUGGGAAAGUAUUUUUGAGAGAAUUAUAUUUUGCUGGAAAACAAUAUUUAAGUACUUUGUCUAAAAAUGAUAUCCUUUUUGUAAAAUGAAAUGUUAAUGCAUGCUUUUUGAUGAGAUGUUUACAUUGUAUUUAAAAAAGGGAAACUUGUGCCUUUUUAUCUCACCUGAUUUACAAUUUUACAGUAUAUAUUGUAAAUAAUACAGCAAGUCCUUAUGUUGAGUAUAGUAUAAACAUUUCUACUUUAACCAUCUUGUUGGAAUAUUGGAAAAAUGUGUGUUUCCCACUCGCCAUGUUCUGUGUGUUGGAUCACAGAGAAGAAUUUACAGUAAGGGGUCGGUGCCAGAAAGGGCCAAAUAGAGAAAUGAAUGUAUCAUACAUUGUGAGAGACUUAUGGAACUUACUACCUGAAUGUUAGAGAGAGUACAUUUAUUAUCUUCUUAUUAAGUAAAGUUAUUUGAUUUUGCAUCUUUCUUUCUUUUUUUUUUCUUUUUUUUUACUGUUUGCAUCAUUGUUCACGUGGCUCAAACAAAGAAAAAAAAACAAAACAAAAAAAUCAAAAAGUAUUUCUUAUUUUGUAACAAGAUGUAUCAAGUGAUGGAUCCUUGAGUUGUUGCUGUUGAAAUGAUUUCCUAACCCAUGGCGGUAUUGUUGAUGAGCACCACAAUAAAAUCAAAAAGUCACAAACUAUUGAUAUUGGGAUAAGUGAAAGAAAGUUCUUGACUUUUCAGUUUGAAAGUACAAACUUUGUGCACACACAAGAUGAAAUGAAAUGAUGGAUGUACAGACUGUAAGGCAAGUUAAGCC